CAACAGCGCCCCGGACGACUCUCCAAACGACAGAUAUUGAAGAAACGGCCAUGGGUAGCAGGCGCCCUUCUUCUAGACCAUUAGACUCCGGCCCCAAAUCAAGAGAGUUGCUACAAGGCCUGAUGGGACUUAGGGAUCCCCCUAACCAGCCAGACGUGGUAUUCAUCGCUAUCUACAUCAAGUACGCAUCGUGGGCCAGCGGGAAAGCGCAGAAUGCAGUCAUCGAGGUUGGAAUCUCAACGCUGGACAUGCGCCAAGUACAUGACAUCCACCCGAGCGUCUCUGGGGCGGCAUGGAUUACGAAAAUACGAAGCAGACAUAUUAGGAUCGCUGAAUGGCGGACGCUCUUCACCACUGCAACGUCUCAGGGCCACCCACUGUCAUGCGCGAAGGACUUCGAAUUCGGGAAAAGCGAGAGUGUAGAUGGGACCGCACUCAGAGACAAGAUAUGGAAAGCGCUCCACAUCAUGGACGGUCAUUCGCGUGGGUCUGGAACUCAUCGAAAGGUUGUCCUAGUUAUCAACGGUCACCAAGAAGCGGACGAGUAUCUUGGAAGGGUGGGCCUAUCGCUUUCGGAGCUGUCUACCAUUGAGACGGUUCUCAACGUACAGAAAAUGGAGACUACAGUGGGUCCGCUUCUGCCUGAAUCUCCUAUUUCGCUUUCUGGAUUGCUCGAACGAUACGGGAUUGAGCCGUUGUGGCUCCACAACGCUGGCAACCAGGCAACAUGUAAGUAAGGUCCUAGUACACAUACGAGAGUCAUUAUUCCUGGAACUGUGUUGAAACACGACUCGUGUUGUGCUUGAACACCCACCCAAGUCGCCUAUGGGCACCCAUUUUAGUCGCUUUAAACAUAGACUGAAGCCAAAACGAUGUUUUAAACACGACUUGAGUGGCACCCAAGGGCAACUGACACUAGAGGAUCUAGUUAUCUGUCGUAAAAGCCCCCUUCUUCAAGA